GCACCGGCGCCUGAGGCCAGUUGUGCAGCUUCCCUCAUUCGCCGCGCGGCGCCACGUUUGUCUGCAUUCCCUGGGCAAAUAUCACCUGCGAAGAUGCCGCCGCUGAACCUUGGCGAUCCAUUUCCCAACUUCACCUGCGAGACGACAAUCGGCACCAUCAACUUCCACGAGUGGCUGGGCGACUCGUGGGGCAUCCUGUUCUCGCACCCGGCCGACUACACGCCGGUGUGCACCACGGAGCUGGCCAGGGCUGCCCAGCUGGCGCACGUCUUCGAGCAGAAGGGCGUCAAGAUCAUCGCCCUGUCCUGCGACAGCGUCGACAGCCACCACGGAUGGAUCAAGGACAUAGAGGCCUAUGGCGAGCUGCCCGACGGGCCUUUCCCGUAUCCCAUCAUCGCCGAUGAGAAGCGCGAGAUCGCCGUCAAGCUGGGCAUGCUGGAUCCCGUCGAGAAGGACAAGGAGGGACUGCCUCUCACCUGCCGUGCUGUGUUCGUCAUUGGCCCUGACAAGAAGAUGAAGCUCUCAAUGCUGUACCCAGCUACAACAGGAAGGAACUUCGACGAGGUCCUGCGUGCUACUGAUUCUCUUUUGGUGACUGAAACCAGGAAGGUGGCAACUCCAGCUGGUUGGAAGAAAGGGACCCCCUGCAUGGUGCUCCCCAGCGUCACCGAGGAGGAGAUUCCCAAGCUCUUCCCGACGGGCAUCAAGCAGUACAACGUGCCUUCCGGAAAGAACUACCUCCGCACCACCAUGGACUGAACACGCAAGAAGCGGCUGCGCAUGCAAGAAUCGCCUGCCUCUGCUGUCAUCUCUCUCUCUUUUUUAUAUACACCCCUUCGCUUCCGUACGCUGAGUUCUCAGGCCAGUGACAGUUUGUAACGUGUCCUCUUCCGUCACUUUCGACGAAGAGACACUUUAAAUACGCAGUGUUCAAUAAAUAACGUUUUUGAACAA